CCCCGCCUCUGGUUUCCCCGAAGCGCGGGGAGGGGAAUUCCGGGAGGCGGCGGGACCCGGGCGCUGCCUGAUUCGCGCUUUUCCCCCGGCGGCGGAGCGACGUUCCUGCCCCUUGGUGGCCCUCGGGCGCCGCAGCCCGGCCUUUGGGGUUCGUUUGGCCGCAGCUCGGGCUCCCGGAGCCUGCCCCGCCCGCCAUGGACAACGGCGGCGUGUACAGCCCGACCACCGAGCCGCAGAGCAAGCCCCGUACCUGCGGGUGCACCUUCGGCCGGCUCAGCCGGCAGCGCCUGCUGCUCAAAGCGGCGCAAGUGCUGCUUUCCUUUUUGGCCUUCAUCCUUGAAGAAAUUGUGGAGAGUUGUGUCCUGUGUGGUGGGCUUUAUUUCUUUGAGUUUAUAAGCUUCAGUGCCACCUUUCUGAGUCUCCUGAUAUUCAUUGUGUAUUGCACCUCUGCAUAUGAUAAAGUUGAGAAGGCUAGAUUAAGGACAUUGGAUUUCUGGGUCACUACAGUAGUGGGAGUUCUCUUUUUUGUAGCUUCCAUUGUGUUUGCUGCAACCAAUGACAAGUCAUCUGUUGAAACUGUUGCAAUUGUGUUUGGCUUUUUGGCAAGUAUAGGAUUUCUAGCUGAUGGUAUUCACAUGUUUAUGGAGAAACGUAAAGUGAAGGAAAAUAAAUCAGAGAACAUUGGCAACACACAGAACACACCAGAAAAUCAGCCGCUGAAUAACCAAAUCUAAACUUUAAAAAAGUCCUUUAAUUUCUAUGAGUUAAAUUAAUCAAGAUGAAAAAUUUUCAUUUCCCUACUUAUUUCACUGCAUUGAGGGUAACUUUGUCUUCUCUCUCUUUUGCAUCUAGCCAGCUUUGUACAAGUCUGACCCAAUCAUAAGCUUUUAUAGACUCUUAAUUUUUUUAACAAUAGUAUGUUGAGCAUCAGGGUUUGUACAAUUCUCCAUCUAACUUGUCCUGACUAAUAACUGUUAGAGGGACAUUCUAAAAGGAAGAAAUUGCCUCCAAAUAGAUUUUUUUUAUUUAAACAUAAAAUAGACAUCAGUAACUGAAAGCACUGAGACUUCUGAGAAGAAUGACUGUAAUACAGGCGAACUCAUCAGGCUUAAAUUCUGAGUUAUGUUUUUAAAAUAUUUAAAUUUUAUGUAAAUACAGCAGGCUAGAAUUAGAAUUCUGUUGCAUUAAUUCACACCUACCUAUGUUGGUGAUAUCCGGCUUCUUGCCUCUGAUACUAAGAAUGACUUAGUACAAUAAAAUCCCUUCCUUGUUUUAAUCGGUUAAACUGAAUGUAAAAGGGAAACUAAAUUUUGCAAUCUCAUAGAGGUUUCUAUCCCCAAAUGAGUUGUUCUUUACUUUGAUUUUAUCUUGUGUGUCUUACUCCAUACUUCUAGAUUCUGUUUUGUGUCUCUGAAAGUCACUGCUCUUUUUUAAAGGCAGUCGGUAAAACAGAUACAGCUAGCAUGUGUGUAUUUGAUAGUCAAGUGGUAUAUCAUAGAGUGACCUUUGCACUCCAUAUUUGUGGAAGUUUAAAGCUGUAAGUGAUGCAUUCUUUAAAAAUAUCGUUAAACCCAUUAAAGAAAGAAGAAAUUUGAAAAUUAGCCUUAAGAGGAAAGGUUAAGAGGCCAAUAUUUUCAGCCUAGAGGAAAGAAAACUGAGAGGAGACUAACUGCCUACAAACAGUUAAAGGGAUAUAUUUUUAAAAAAGAGGGAGCAGGGACCAAUUAAUCCUUUCAGUUCAAGAGGGCAGACAAAAAGUAAUUAGCUUAAGCUUUGCCAGGGAAAGUUUAACUUAAAAAUAAAAUAAUGAAACUUUGGCACCGUUCCAGUGCACAGUGGGGGGAGGGAUAGCUCAGUGGU